AUGACCAUGCCUUUAUUGUUUCCCAUAUGCCGCCGUUUGUUUAGCUCGGUGGCGAAGAUGCGGAACAUCGGGAUCAUUGCACACAUUGAUGCGGGGAAAACCACCACGACAGAGCGCCUAUUGUACUAUGCGGGGAAGAUCAAUAGGAUCGGGGAUGUUGAUACAGGGGAUACCAUCACAGACUAUUUACCUCAGGAGAGGGCCAGGGGAGUAACGAUACAGAGUGCCGCAGUUUCGUUUGAUUGGCAAGGGAAGUGUCGAAUCAAUUUGAUCGACACGCCUGGGCAUGCGGACUUCAGUUUUGAAGUGAUACGAGCUCUGAAAGUGUUAGAUGGUUGUGUUACCAUCUUAGAUGCUGUUGCUGGUGUUGAAUCUCAAACGGAAAAAGUUUGGAAGAUGUCGAAUGGUAUUCCCAAAAUUUGUUUUAUUAACAAAAUGGACAGGGUCGGUGCUGGAUUCAGUAGAACCCUCAAAGAGAUUAUCACAAGAUUGAACACCAGAGUAGCUGUGAUUAAUAUACCAUACUUUCAAGAAAUGGAAAACAACAAGUCCAACGAACCGAAGUUCGAAGGGGUUAUUGAUAUAAUUGACAAGAAAUUAUUGAAAUGGGAUAAUGAGGACGCCGAUCAAGUUAUUAUAAAAGACAUGACAGAAAUGACAACAUCAAGCAUCUACAAUGACUUUUUAAAGAGUAGAGAAACUUUGAUAGAAACAUUGAGUGAGUUUGAUGAGGACCUAGUUGAACAUUUUUUAAAUGAGGCAGACGGAGACUAUCUGGCGGUAUCUCCAACUGUUAUACAUCAAUCCAUCAAAAAGCUAAGUUUGAGCAACGUUGUGACUCCGGUCUUAUGUGGGUCAUCAUUUAGGAAAAUUGGUGUUCAGCCGUUACUAGACGCGGUGGCGUCAUACCUACCUUCUCCUUUAGAAGCCAGAUUACCUGAGCUGAACAAUAAAGACUUGCCGAUCAAGCGCGACCCUCGGCAAGGUCUGAUUAUUAACAACAGUAAAAAUUUGACCGUUGCACUUGCAUUUAAAGUCAUAUCGGAUCCGGUAAGAGGUACUAUGGUAUUUGUUCGAGUGUAUUCUGGCAUAUUAAGGAGCGGCAACACAGUGUUCAACUCAACCAUGGGGUCCAAGUUCAAGAUUGGCAAGCUGGUUCUAAUGAACGGCAAUGUCCCCGAAGAGAUAAAUGUUUUGCGCGCUGGUGAAAUAGGUGUUCUGACGGGUGCCACAAUAGUAGGGAAAGUGUUUACAAGUGACACUAUCAUAUCUCAUUCGAUAAAGAAGGAUGGGAUAAAAGCAUUUGACCAAAAGAAGGAGUUAACCUUGCAAGUAAAUCCAUUGGUAAUACCCCCACCUGUGUUCAGUAUGGUUGUGGAACCCAAAUCCUUAGGGAAUAAGGAACAUAUGGAAGCCUCUUUGCAAAGAUUGAUUAUCGAAGAUCCUAGUCUCCACAUCUCCAAGGAUUUUGAAACAGGGGAGACAUUAUUAAGUGGGAUGGGCGAAUUACAUCUAGAGAUCGCUGGUGAUAAACUUUUAAACGACAUGGCUGCAGAAGUUUCAUUGGGUAAAAUGACCGUUUCAUUCAAAGAGACCAUUGAUGAUUGUACGGCCUGGGCUACCCACGACGACGGCAAAGGAUACAAGAUGUCACUUCAAGUUUGCUCGAUACACAAGCUACCAGAGAAAGUCUCCCCCACAGUUCUCACUGAGUUAGAGCAUGAGACAUGGGUGCCCCUCAGAAAUGAUGACAAUUAUCUGGUAGUGGAGAAUAAUGAAAGAUAUAAUUCAAACGGUGUAUGGGAGCCGUUAAUGUCGUAUCAGUCUAUUAUAAAUGCACUUUCUUCUAGCGCGUUGGCUAUACUACAAAGAGGAGGUAAAAUUGCUAAUUUCCCACUAUACUCCUGUGUCGUCAGAGUCAAGGGUGAUUGGGAAGUGCCCAUUGAUGUGGAAAAACCCAGCGAGGUUCUAACCAUAUCAAAGAACCUGAUCAUGAAGGCUAUUAGAAAACUCGAAAAAGACAAGUUUUCUUUACUCGAACCUAUUAUGAGUGUGGCUGUUACUGUCACUGCCAAUGACCUAGGGAAAGUAUCGCAGGAUCUAACUGGCAGCCGGAAUGCUACGAUAGUCUCUAUUGAAAAUAGUUUAAUGGCCGACAAGGAUUCCGAGGGCUCUUUAAAGUUUCAGUCCAUCGCGGAAGCACAGUACUUCCCGAAAGAUACCACGUUAAAAAUGGCUCAGUUAAAGAAUCGAACUUUCGAUAUGAAACAUAUAUUGGCGGAGGCACCAUUGCAUGGGAUGAUCUCUUAUAACAAGAAAUUAAGAAGUCUCACUCAGGGAAGAGGGGAAUUUGACAUGGAGUACCAUGGAAUGAGUAAAGUAAAUAAAAGCAGAGAGGAGGAACUCUUGCAAAAAGCAUAG